ACUGAGUGUGUGCGCACGCGCCGCCCGCCCUGCCCACCGCCCGCCCUCAAUAUGCGCAUUCACAUGACAAAGUUCAUGAGAAACGCUUGUGUUCCGAGUACAAUAAUCUAUUUAUUACAUUACAGUACAUUUCACAAUAAUUUACAAAAUUAAUAAUACUGAAAUAUAAUUUAUAUUUUUAUACGCAUUUGUUUUGUAAACUGAAGUUAGUGUUUAAAAGUUAACUAUGGGCAUGAUUUCCCGAGUGCGUGGUAGAAUUAGGAGUGACUCUUUCUCGAAGAUUCAACUCAAAUCGGAGGACAAAAUUGCUAAUAUUGUAUGGCUGAUCUCAAUAGUAUUCCUGUUGCCGUACUGGGCGCCCCGAGGCUUGCUAGUAGCGCUGGGCGGCGCGUGGCUCAUGGCUGCCUACACCUGCCUGGUGGUACCGCUGCUGAUCUCCGCAAACUACCGCUACCCCGCGCGGUGGUACCCCGCCGUUGCGAAAACCGCGCGAAAGAUAGGCAGACGUCUUCGAGCGCCGGUCGUACGUCUGCUAGGCGUGCUGAAAACCGUGUAUGCGCCCAUUGAGCGCGCUGAGCGGCUGUUCCUAACGAUGAGCAAUCUUUCCACUAUGAUUGGACAGUUACUCAUAUUCACGGCGUGCGAUCGGCUGCUAGUGUACCGAGGGCGACUGACAUGUCUUUACUCACUGAUGUUCUACAAUGUCGUCACCUAUUCCGUCAACUACGUACGCGAGAUAUGUACCAAAGAGGACUGGUCUCCAUACGUGAACUUGACUCCGAACUCCCGCGUCAAACACCUCGCCAUGUCCGCGACUAAAAUAGUCUUGGAAUGGACCAAAGCCGUGACUUUCAUAGUGACAAUAACCUUCAUACUCCUCACGUUAGGUUUGGAGCAAGGUUUGGAAUACUUCCGUCCCACAGCACUGUACACACUCAUGACUGGUACAUAUUAUUUGCUAUCAGAGAAAACGUUCUUGGAGCUUUGGCCUAUUGCAGUGACAGCGUUAAAAUUGGAGAGGCUUGAAGGAAUGGAAGUGUUGUACUGCGGAUUUUGGGCUAGGGCGAUUACCACAGCUAUAGCGAUCCCUCUGGUGCCAGCACUGAUGUGGAAUGAGAGAUGGAGAUUAGCCGUGUUGAUUUUAUACUUUUGUGUUAUCGUACACGGGCGUUACAGGCUUGGUGAAGCAUUUUCCAAGUUGAAAGAAGCUCAGGGUUCGCUGGCAAGGUUUCGUCGUGCGACCGCUGAAGAACUGUCCACUUUAGAGGACGUCUGCGCAGUGUGCCUUGGGACCAUGAAGUCCGCCAGAGUGACACCGUGCGCUCACUUCUUCCACGCAGAUUGUUUGAGAAAAUGUCUCGCCACUAACGACAGAUGCCCGAUCUGUGUACGUGAAUAUGUAUUUUAUUGACGAUUUGAAGAGGAUUUCGGAUAAGACUGCUGGUUUAGCUUGUAGUUAUGUAACAUUCUAACGUGAAUUAGUUAUUGGUGUAAUUGUGUAUAAAACUUAAACGAAACAAAAUUAAAGCAUCGUAUUUUCAAUAAUUUUCUCACCGAGCUGGGUAGCCUGCUUAAAUUUUGGAGUGAGCUCGACUAGUUGGGAGCUGCACCGAACGGAUUAUACACCAGCGAUACAGACUUAAACAACUGAGAAAUUUUUAUUGCAGAUGCUAUAUAGCUGCCUAGGUAGACGUUCAGGUGAUAGUUGUCAAUGUGCAUCCAGCCUAAAUGUUAUAUGUUUAUAACGUUAGGUAAUGGUUACUAAUGUCGUAAUAUACUCUUAAAACUAUAAUGUUAUUAUGUUGGUGGAAAGAUUCUGGCGAUAAGCCGAGUCACGAGAGAUUCCGGUUUUAAACUAGGUUUCUGAAAUUUUAUUGUAGAGUCCGAGAAAGUCACUUUUCUUACUAUAAAAUAUACGUAUAAUCUUACUGAUUUCGCGUAGUUUCAAAGAAAGCCAUUAUUUAUUUAUCAGUCGUUGAAAUACGGCGAAAGAAAUUGUAGGAACACUUAAUAUCUAACAGGUUUGCAAAUAUUUUUGCACCUAUUUUUUUUAAUUUAGUUUUAUUAUGUAGGUACCUAAAGUAGAUAUUCUAUUUUACACUAUAGAAUAGGCAGGUAUAGGAAAAAAUAUACCUAAGAAAGGUGCCGAUUUGCCCGUAUGGUAGGUACCUACUUACCUAUUUACUGUAAUUUAUCGAGUAAGUACUAAAAUUUUACUUGGGUGGUUAAAAAAGUUUAUUUUGCAAUGCAAUGUAAAUUAUGUCCUCAGUCUCACUUUCAUCCAUUUUGAAAUUGUAGUUUUAUUGGACGCAGACAAAUUAUUGCAGGAUCCCAUGCUAAUAAUUAUUUUUAAUUUUUUUACUGUAGUUAUGUUUUAAUCAAGUUACACUAAAUAUGCCACUUAUAUUAAAAUUUUAUAUUUUUAUAAAACACUUCUUAAAUAAGUACUUACCUACUUAGUACCUAUUAGUAAAUAAAUAAAAUUGUGGAAAUCAAAUUAAUGUUCUUCAGUUCAUAUUUUCAGAAACCAAGAAUCUAAAUAAUAUUUUUAUACUUAAUAUAAAUAAUUUUAAUUAAAUAUACUUUUGAGUCAA